UGCUCUAAGGGCGUUGCCAGCUGUCUUUAAGCUACUCUCAUUAAAUGCUCUUUUGUGGUGCUUUUCUGGUCGACUAUUUCGGAAGUCGUCGGCGCUUGAGCCCGUUUUUGAGCCGAUGCCAUAAUGUUAAGAGGGUAUCCCAAGCACAUUUGCUCUUUUUUAUUCAAUAGAAAGCACUGAAACGUGAAAGCGGCGUGGGUGCUCAGUCGUAUUGGUCUGCUAUUAGGACGCAAAAAUGAGUAGCCUACCGGAGACGCUGUCCUCAGAGGAGGUGGCGUCGUCGCUUCCGACAACGCGCGUUGACCGCCUUCUGCGCGAGCGCAUCCGGAGGAACCGCAGCCACCAGGCGUUCGAUGCUUUUGAGGAGAUACCCAUGGAGGAUCCGGUCCUUGAGACGGUUCCGGAGCCGCCCACGAUUUCUCGCCUGCUGGUCAUUGCCAACCGCCUGCCUGUCACCUGCAGCAAAGACAGCGCCGGCCGCUGGCAACUGCAGGCCAGUGCUGGCGGGCUGGUUUCGGCGCUAAAGGGCGUCAGCAACUACGCGACCGUGUGGAUCGGCUGGCCGGGCAUCUGGGUGAAGCCGGGCCGUGAGCGGGAGGAGCUGGCUGCGCUGCUCAAGGCGGAGGGCUACUCGCCCGUGUGGAUGGACCAGACGCUGUUGGACAUGUACUACAACGGCUUCUGCAACUCCGUGCUGUGGCAGCUGUUCCACUACGUGCCGCUCAACAUCGACAGCUGGCAGAAGAUGGCGGAGCACAGGGCCAUGCAGAUGCAGUGGCAUGCGUACCAGGUUGCCAACGAGAAGUUCGCUGACGUGGUGCUGUCCGAGUACGGCAGCAAUGACGUGGUGUGGGUGCAGGACUACCACCUCAUGCUGCUGCCCUCGCUGCUCAAGCAGGCGGUGCCAAAGAUGAAGGUUGGGUUCUUCCUGCACACGCCCUUCCCCUCCUCCGAGAUAUACCGCACGCUGCCGGUCAGGGAGGAGGUUCUCCGCGCCGUGCUGGCCGCCGACCUUGUUGGGUUCCACACGUACGACUACGCGCGGCACUUCAUCUCCUCCUGCACCCGCAUACUGGGGCUGGAGGGCACGCCGGAGGGUGUUGAGAACAACGGGGUGCUAACGCGCGUGGGCACCUUCCCCAUCGGCAUCGACCCGGAGCGCUUCACUCGCGCGCUGGAGAGCGAGGAGGUGGCGGGGCAGACCGCCAAGCUGCUCAACAGAUACGCGGGAAGGAAGAUCAUGUUGGGAGUGGACCGGCUAGACAUGGUGAAGGGCAUCCCUCAGAAGCUGCUGGCGUACGAGAAGUUCCUUGAGGAGCACCCCGAGUGGCGGGACAAGGUGCUGCUGGUGCAGAUCGCGGUGCCCAGCCGCACCGACGUGCCGGAGUACCAGAAGCUGAGGAGCAUGGUUCAUGAGAUCGUGGGGCGCAUCAACGGCCAGUACGGCACCCUCACCUACGUGCCCAUCUACCACCUGGACACCUCGCUGAGCUUCACGGAGCUGUGUGCGCUGUACGCGGUGACGGACGUGGCGCUGGUGACCAGCCUGAGGGACGGAAUGAACCUGGUGAGCUACGAGUACGUUGCCUGCCAGAGCGACAACGCGGGGGUGCUGGUGCUCAGCGAGUUCGCGGGCGCGGCUCAGUCGCUGGGUGCGGGCGCGCUGCUUGUGAACCCCUGGAACAUCUCCGACAUGAGCGCCGCCAUUCAUGACGCGCUGUCCAUGAGCGAGGAGGAGCGGCGGGAGCGGCACCGACAGAACUACAUGCACGUGCAGACCCACACCUCGCAGCACUGGGCGGACACCUUCAUCACGGAGCUGAAUGACACGCACAUAGAGGCGGACCUGCGCAUGAGGCACACGCCGCCGCCGCUCGUUAUCCCCGAGGUGGUCCGCGCCUACCAGGCCUCCCGCCGCCGCCUCAUCGUGCUCGGCUACAACGCAACACUCACAACCAGCGUGGAAGCACCCAGGCUGCCCAAGCGCCAGUUCGAGCAGGUCAAGGCGCUGGCCAAGGUCAACCCCCGGGUCAUGCAGUCGGUGUGUGAGCUGUGCCAGGACCCCGCCAACGUGGUCGCCAUCUUCAGCGGCUCCGAAACCUCCAAGCUGGACGAGAUCUUCGGACACCUGCCCGUCUGGCUGGCCGCGGAGAACGGCGUGUACGUGCGGCCCCCCCACCCCCUCCACCACCACCCGCACCACCACUCCCACUCCCAUUCCCACUCGCACCUGGGGUCCGGUCCGGGGGGGCUGAUGGGGCCAGCAGGGACGUCCCCUCGAGGCACAUCCCCGCAGCAGCAGCAGGGGGGCCUGCAAGAAGCCGGCGUCGGCGCCGGGACGGCAGCAGAAGGCGGAGCAGCAGCAGCAGCAGGCGGCAGCAGCCGGCAGCAGCAGCCGGCCGCAACCCCGCAGUGGCAGUGUGUGUUUGACCAGGUCCACUGCGAGUGGAUGGAGAGCGUGCAGCUGGUGUUUGACUACUUUUGUGAGCGCACGCCGAGGUCGUUUGUGGAGGCGCGGGAGACUAGUCUGGUGUGGAAUUACAAGUAUGCGGAUGUGGAGUUCGGUCGCAUCCAGGCUCGCGACCUGCUGCAGCACCUGUGGACCGGACCCAUCAGCAACGCGCCCGUGGAGAUCAUUCAGGGCGGCAAGAGCGUGGAGGUCCGUCCCGUGGGGGUCACCAAGGGUCUAGCCAUGCAGCGGCUGGUGGGGCUGAUCGCCUCGGAGGGCGGGUUGGAGGCGGCGGCAUUCGACAUGGUGCUCUGCAUCGGGCACCUUCUGGGGCGGGAUGAGAACCUGUUUUCGCUGUUUGAGGGGGACCGGAUCGACGGGGCGGCGCCCACACACAACAGCAGCUAUCGCCGUUGGGUGGAGGCCACCACCACAACCAACACCACCACCAUCAUCACAGUCACCAGCUGGGUCGGCACGGGCGGAGCAGCAGCACGGGGGGCAUUGUGGGGCUGGGGGCAGCUGCCACCGCCGCCGCCGCCGCCGCCGGCAGCAGCAGCGGGAUUAACAGCGGCAGCGGCGGCAUGGCGGG